UUAAACAUUUCAAACAUGAUUUUUUCGCCCUUUUUACUGCCACCAGAUGGCUUUACAGCUCUCUAGGCUGCCUCAAUUAAGCUUCAUAUCCUUCCCAUAACAUUUCCGCAACACGAGAUAAAUUUCUGUUGAGUUAAGGUUGUUAUCGUUUUAUAUGUCUCAAACUAUUUCAAAUGCUUUGUUGUUGUUGUCGUCUUGUAAAAGCUAGGCUGAAAAUAGUUGUAUUGCAUAAAUGAAGAUUGUCCUAAGAUUUUAUACUAAGUAGCUUUGAAAGCAUUUUUAAGAAGAAACCACGCAUUUUCGAAAAAUGCAAGCGCUUCUAAUACAGCCUAAGGAUGAAAGUGCCUUCAAACAUUCUAUUGAGAACUCCGAAGUUAGAUUCUGUAUUGCUGUCUCUUAAUUCAUCAAACAUCUGUGGCAACAAAAGCGCAUCGACAGUUUUGUUGGAUGCAGUGUCCGUCGAAGCUUUGAACAAGGCUAAACCUUUUCAAGAAAUUCCAGGACCUAAAUCCCUCCCACUCAUUGGAAACAUUCACAGAUACUUGCCCGGCAUUGGUGAAUAUUCGAAAAGCAAAUGGCACGAGGCACAACGAAUGAAAUUCCAGCAGUACGGGCCAAUCGUCAGAGAGCAAAUGGUUCCCGGGGUCAACUUCGUUCACCUCUAUGAUCCAAAGGACAUGGAAGUAGUUAGCCGGAACGAAGGGAAAUUUCCGAAAAGAGAGUUUUUUGUGGGAAUGAAGACACUGAGAGAACGAAAUCCGGAAAUGUAUUCUACAGUUGGAGUAGCAGCCGGCAAUGGUGAAGAAUGGUACCGCAUCCGUAGCAAAUCCCAAAAAGCCAUGAUGCGUCCACAGAUUAUGAAAACCUUUCUGCCACAGAUGAAUCUCAUUGCUGAUGAUUUGAUCCGGCGGAUCCGACUCUUGCGGCAGCCCGAUCAUCAGGUGCCACUUUUUCUCAAUGAACUCUUCAAGUGGGCACUAGAAUCGGUUACCUAUAUCUUGUUCGAACAGCGUUUGGGUUGUCUGGAGGACAACUUAAGCCCUGAUUCCGUGGCGCAACAAUAUAUACAAGCAGUCAAUAGCUUCUUCCAACUAUCUGCUAAAGUUGAACUUUCCUCACUACCAGUUUGGAGGGUAUGGCCUGCCCUUUCACCCUCAUUCAGGAAACUUGCCAAUGUGCACGAUUUCUUUUUCGAGAACGCUCUUAAAUAUGUUCAGACGAAACUGCAGGAUCUAAAGAAUAAAGACGAUGGAAAUGACAAUGAGGACGAAAUCAGUCAAGCACUCAUGAGUAUGCUUUUGCAACACUGCUCACCGAAAGAUGCUUGUGUUAUGGCUGUUGACGCUAUGGCGGCAGGUAUAGACACGACUUCAUUGACAUUGGCGUAUGUAUUGCGAAACUUAGCCGCCAAUCCGGAAGUCCAGAAACGACUCCAGGGCGAAGUGGACCGAGUUUUGCCGGAUGGACAACCACUGACGGUUCAAGCAAUGGAUCAAAUGCCCUAUCUCAGGGCAUGCAUCAAAGAGAGCAUGAGAAUAUGCCCUACAGUUCAAGGCACAUCCCGAACCCUUGACAAGGACAUAGUGCUAUCUGGCUAUAGAAUACCUGCUGAAACUCAGAUUACACUGAAUUACUAUGUAUCCAGCGUGCAAGAACGUUACUUUCCAGAUGCUGAUAAGUAUAUUCCAGAAAGAUGGCUGAGAUCAGCGUCCGGAGCCCCCACAACAGCUGAUUCUUUUGCCUUCCAGCCAUUUGGGUUUGGACCACGGAUGUGCAUCGGUAGGAGAAUAGCUGACCUCGAGAUGCUCACAUUACUCACCAAGAUAAUGCAGAAUUUUUGGAUUGAAAAUCAGAGUGACGAGCUAGAUGUACGCUUUCAGCUAGUUCUUAUGAUUCAGAGCCCACUUCGAUACGAGUUUUAUGAGCGACGUUGAUUCUAAAACUAGUAGAGAAAAUGCGAUUUCAAAGGAGAAUAUUUCACUCACCUCGAGUUAUUUCGAAGGUCAUUGAAGAUUCUAUAGAACCACUUGUGACACAGAAAAUAGCUCAGAGUUUAUGCUGAAGCAGGAGUGAAGAAUUCAUUGAAAAAUGCUCAGAAAACUUAUUACCAUGAAACAUAUUGUAUGAGUAUGUGGUUUGAAACAGUGAGACACUAUGCUUUGCCCAUUUAAAAAAAAAAAGACAUUUUUACGAAUAAGGAUGCAUUACACAUUUUCAAGCACGUAAUUGUGAAAUGUUUAU